CCCUGGUGCCGGCUCAGUGCCGGCCUGCGAACACCCCAGGCAGGUGCUCAGGCUCCGCUGAGCUGAAUGAGCGGCCCACGGUAUUGAGAAUCUUCCGUGCGAGCUGCAGAGGAACUUCCAGCUGAUGCGGGAGCUGGAUCAGAGAACAGAAGACAAGAAAGCAGAGAUUGACAGCCUGGCAGCAGAAUACAUYGAGUCAGUGAAGAACAUGUUACCUGAGGAGCGAGUGGAGCACCUGAAGAAGAUCCAGAGUGCCUACAGCAAGUGUAAAGAGUACAGUGAUGACAAAGUGCAGCUGGCCAUGCAGACCUACGAGAUGGUGGAUAAGCACAUCCGCCGGCUGGAUGCGGACUUGGCACGCUUCGAAGCUGAUCUCAAAGAUAAACUGGAAGGCAGUGACUUUGAAACCCCUGGAUCUCGAAGUCUGAAAAAGGGACGAAGUCAGAAAGACAAAAGAAGCUCUCGUGGUCGGGGCAGGAGAACAUCUGAGGAAGAUACACCAAAGAAAAAGAAGCUCAAAGGAGGGUCAGAGUUUGCUGAUACCAUCCUGUCAGUGCAUCCCUCGGAUGUGCUGGACAUGCCAGUGGAUCCCAACGAGCCCACCUACUGUCUGUGUCACCAGGUGUCCUAUGGAGAGAUGAUYGGCUGUGACAACCCAGAUUGCCCAAUCGAAUGGUUCCACUUUGCAUGUGUGGACCUGACCACCAAACCAAAAGGGAAAUGGUUUUGUCCUCGUUGUGUUCAGGAAAGAAAGAAAAAGAAGUAAGGAGUAGAGGGGAAUACACCAUCGAGGCAAGAAGAAUUUAAUAUAUUCCUUCAUUCACGUUGCAAUAUUACCUUUGAUUAUAUUUUGUUAAUCUCUCCUCCAUCUUUCUCCGGUAUGAUAUUUAAUUAUCCAGUGGCCAGUUGAAAUUCCUGUUCUUUCCUAUGACAAUGACUUUGGGAGGGAGUCCCAAAUCCCUUUGCCACGGAGAUUUUAUUUAUGUUAGUCUUGCACAAUAAUACUGAGAGAGGGUGUUGCCUGUCCUGGCUGUUUCCAUUUCCCUGAAGAUCCUUUAAGUACAUCACUGUGAAGAUGAAACCUACAGUAUUCUUGGAGAGACAGAGAGAGAAGGUCGGAUUUAUUCACAAAAUAAGAUGAAGGCCUGAAUUGUUAGUGGUGAUUGCCUGUGUGGCACCUGGGUAMAUCAGGAAAUCAGGUUUUAGGGAAAGGCUCCACGAGGACACUCUUUGUUCCCAUGAUGGUGUGGCUCUGCUGUUGAAGGUGGCUGUUCAGGAAUGUUCUAACAUMAUUUCUUGUCUUUUUUAAUAGGCCACAUUUGCAUGUUCUUGACUUCUUUAAGCUGCCUGUCAGAUGAUGAAUGUGAAUCUUAGCAUUAGCACAAUGUCAGUGGCUGCAGCAGAAGGGAGAGAGGAAAUCAGGAGAAGGAAAGCAAAAGUCUCUGAUUUUUCCUUUUGAGAUUCAGUGGAUGCAGAAGUUGAGGGAAGAGYAAAAUCUUGCCUUCAUCUAUCUCCUGCAUCAUGAGGCUUACCUGCCUACAAUGAAAGAUGCAGUGGGGAAAGGUGCAGCAGGGUUCCCUCYUUGCUGCUGGAGGGGAAAAUAAAGCCCCAAACUCAUGAACUUUGCAGGCUCUGGUCCCUGAGGSGUGUUGGUGGCAGCUCUGUGCAGGGCUGUGUGCUGCUUUCCAUACCAGUGUGCAGGAACUCUCAGUGCAGACUGCUUGAAAGGCAUUAAAAAAACUUCCAGAUAAACUUUUCUUCUGCUGAAUAAACAGUACAGAAGAUUAAUAAC